CCUGGGAUGAGCGCGGGACGGCGGUGGUACGCGCGAGAGCUUGGCCGGGCCACGUAGCGGGGCUAAAGACACCGAUGUAAAGAGAGUGAGCGAGAGAAGUGCGCGUGCAAACCUGAAUCUGUGCAACUCUGAUCGCACGAACGCAAGAGAGAGGUCGUAUCGACGGAGGUAACGCACUGUGAAUGUCUCUUCAAGCAAUACAGAAGUCCUAACAUCAGUGCCAUGGCGGGCAUCCAGCUCAUACUUACCUGCUCUGCAGCCUGAAGACUCUGGCACCCUGCAGGGCAGCAACCUUCUGAGAAACUGAAUCUAUGAUCUGCCUUCGUCUUACAUACUAACAAGAGGAAUUUACCUUCAAAUGUUCAGCAUCAAAGACACAGAUUGAUUUUUGCAGUUUGAUUUCUAGGCAUAUGGAACAAAACUUAGAACAGAUUGUAUGUCUCUCCGACUGCAUUUCCUACCUUAAACAACAUGGAUGCUCUUUUUGAAUCAGGUUAACUGUCUGUCGCCUCAUCCCCUCCUUCCUGUUUCUUCAGUCGUAGGAGGGUGGGGGAUUGGUGUGGCGUCCCCUGCCCCUCCUUUUAAAGUAGGCUAGUCGACCUUUUCCAUUGCUCUGUGCUCCCACCAAUCUCAAUCCCUCCAAUUCCUCUUCAUGAAAUCCUGCAACAGCCUCAAGGAAGAGCUUUCUGUACCUACCUUUGGCGGGAUGUCACAGGAGGAAGGACGCAGGGCGCCGGUGUCCCAGUCCUAUUUCCACUCCUCUAACCAAGAUCUGGACCUGACAGGCAAGCUUUAUAAGAGAGAGGUCGGAGGUAAGCCAUAUUCUGUGUUAGUGGACAAUAAAAUGGCAGCCAAGGCAUCAAUAGCAGAUCAGAACAUUGGUCAGUUGCCCACUCAUGUAACCUCACAGCAGUAUUUCAGAGAGGCAGGAGGAGGGCAGGAGGCGGGAUCCCAUGCUGGCAACGACGUCCCCUCUGAUGACACUGAAGAUGAUGAUGACGACGACGACGAUGAGGAGGAGGAGGAGGAGGAAGAGGAAGAAGAGGAGGGGGAAGAUGAGGGCUUCAAGCGGGAGCAGAUCAUUGUUGAGGUAAACCUGAACAACCAGACACUUCAUGUAUCCAAGGGAGACAACAAAACUGCAACCACAGAAGACGUCUCUGAGAGAGUAGGCAGCGACGAUGAAGACGAGGAUGAGGAAGAGGAGGAGGAAGAGGAGGAGGAUAGCCUCAAUGAAGAAGAGGAGGAAGACGAUGAGGAACAUGAGAUUGAGAGUAGAAGAACGAGGGCAAAGCGGGCCCGUCGUGGUUCCAGCAGCACGGGAGCUCCAAGCCAGCCACGGAGGAAAAGCCUGAGAGCGGCUCUGAGCAUGACCACCACUGGGAUGACCACCAGGGGCCGGCGGAAGCACCUGGAUUCUCCGAAGAGCAAGCGCAGGUCAGCAAGAUCGGCCCCGUCGUCUGCAGGUUCCACGGCAACGGGAGGGAAAGCUGAAGUCCAGGAGAAGGAGAUGCUGGCGUGUGAAAAGUGCCCUCGAUUGUUUAACACACGCUGGUACCUGGAGAAGCACAUGAAUGUCACUCACAGGCGAAUGCAGAUUUGCGACAAAUGUGGCAAAAAGUUUGUCCUGGAGAGUGAGCUGGCCUUACACCAGCAAACUGACUGUGAGAAGAACAUCCAGUGUAUCUCCUGCAACAAGUCUUUUAAGAAGCUGUGGUCACUGCAUGAGCACAUAAAGAUUGUGCACGGCUAUGCAGAAAAAAAGUUCUCCUGUGAGAUCUGUGAGAAGAAGUUCUACACUAUGGCUCACGUCCGUAAGCACAUGGUUGCUCACACUAAGGACAUGCCAUUCACCUGUGAGACGUGUGGGAAGUCGUUCAAACGCAGCAUGUCUUUAAAAGUUCACUCACUCCAGCAUUCUGGAGAAAAGCCCUUCCGUUGUGAGAACUGUGACGAGCGGUUCCAGUACAAGUACCAGCUACGCUCCCACAUGAGCAUUCACAUCGGACACAAGCAGUUCAUGUGCCAGUGGUGCGGCAAAGACUUCAACAUGAAACAGUAUUUUGAUGAGCACAUGAAAACACACACAGGAGAGAAGCCUUUCAUUUGUGAGAUCUGUGGGAAGAGCUUCACCAGCCGGCCCAACAUGAAGCGCCACCGCCGCACCCACACGGGGGAGAAGCCGUACCCCUGCGAGGUGUGCGGCCAGCGCUUCCGCUUCUCCAACAUGCUCAAAGCUCACAAAGAGAAGUGUUUCCGGGUCACCAGCCCCGUGGUCCUGCAGACCAGCGGCCCACCCAUGCCUGUCCGCAUCUUCACCAACACCUUCUCUUCCUCUUCCUCCAUCUCUGGUCCCAGUCCCUCGGCUGCCCCCCCGACCACCACCUCAGCACCCCUGGGCCUCAACCCGACAGGAGGACCCAUGCCUCCGCGAGGCCCUUUGGGACACACGUUCUCCCACGUAGAGCUCCACUCAAACCCCUCUCACCAACAUCCUCACCCUCCGACAACCCAGCAACACCUCUCAAACACACCCCAACAUGUCCUGCCUCAGCCCCACCACCAUUUGACCGUGCCCCCAGUCUCCCACCUGCCCCCACCCCCGGCCCUUUUCAAGAGUGAGCCCUUGAACCACUGUGGGCAUGAAGACAGCAGCUACCUGCACCAAUUGGCUCCCCCUGACAAGGGUCCUGGAGCCCCGCAGCACCACUGAACUGUGCUUCAGCUCUGCAGCCCCCCACCAAACCACGCCUUGUUCCUCCGCUUCUCUGCGUCCUGCCUCAGUCUCUCAGUUGCUAGCCCCCUGAUGAAAGGGUGCUCCUCGCAAACGGGUUUAAAUAAGUCAAUAUUCAAACAUGCACACACACUCGCUCCACGUUUGAUUUAAGUACCUCAUCUACUUAAAGAACCCGGUCUACUGACAAAUAUUUCACAACAGAACCUUGUUCUUGAACAUGUUUUAGGAAAUCUAUGAUUUCUUCGCGAGUUCUCUAAUCUGUACCACGUGUAAAGUAUCUCCUUUUUAUCAGAAGCUGCUGAUAGAGGUCAACGUAUGUAUUACUGGAUCAACAAGGAUCAGUGUCAUCAAACUUUUCUCUUUGUGUCAAGUUGACUUAUGGUCGCACAUUGACUGUCUGCGUCCUUCCUCCCCAUAGCAAUACUAAACAUGUUCUCAUAGUUAAAUGAGAGCCUCACCCCACAUAAAUGAUUGAAUGUUGCUCAACCGGAGUCUCUCUGUCCUAAGGCUUUCUGUCAGAGGGGCAUCAGCAGUAGUGCAACACACAGUGCCAUAGGUUAAAGUUAGAAGAGGGGAAGACUUUUUUUAGGGGACAGUGGAAAAGAGGUUUUGAUUUUUGUUAAAUGUUGACGAAGACUGAGACUCACAUCAUGGUUAAAUGGUGCUUUCCAUUCCUAUAUACACAAUGUUUCUUAAUUUUGCUUUCCCGUUUGAUUUUGAGAAGUGUCUCAUAUUACAAAAUAACCAUGUAUUGUGUCAGCCCUGCUUUUAUAUAACAUAUUUGAGGUUUGACUGGUUAUUUUGUGAUUGAGAAACUCGAUUUAUGCAGGACACGCACCCUCACACUUUAUCAAGCACACAUCCAAAACACAAAGACCAUAGUUUGGUCACUGAUAAACUUGCUGUGUUCAGUGAAACCUCAGCUUUGAGCUCUGUUGGUCAACAGAUCCUUUUAGAUAACAGAUGACUGUCAAAUACUGCCACUGUGAGGGGCCAGACACAUGGCCCCAUCAGGAUAUACCCCACUUCCCUCCGCUGCUGUCGAAAUGAUACGGGUUACCAUGUGAAAGGUCUUUUGACACACAAACAGUAUAAACACCUGGGACCUUUUUUCAUCACAGUUCUUGAACAGGCAAUUAUGCAUAUUCCUCUCAGCCUAUAUUCCACGGUUUGGUGUGGGGUGUGUUGUAAUGUAAUGUUUUCUUAAAAGUUAUUUUCCUCUUACUGAUAUACUUUGAUCCACACAGGCAAACGCGUGUCUAAACCUGUUGAAUGUUGCCUACUCAGAAUGAUGGCUGAUAAGUCAUUGAUAUAUUUUUGUUUUUGUUUUUCUAAUGAUCUCUUCUAAUUUGCUCAGUUUUAAGCUAUUGAGCUGUUCUGCAGUGUAGAUACUGUUAGCACAUGAUAGGAAAUGUCAGGAUAAACAGCAGUGCUCAUACAAUUUCUAUUGAAUUCUUGUGUAGAUAAGCAUUCAUGUGAUCAAGUCAGCAUACAUUAAGUCAUGUGAUAGCCGAUGGUGAGAAUGUUAUGUUUAAAAAAAUAAGCAUAAAUUGCUGGAAAUAUUUGGCAUGAAUUUGAGAUGCGUGGUUGUUAGCCCUUCACGCAGUCUGACGCCUAUCGAAUAUGUGUGUCUGUGUGUGUGUAGUCUCUACUUGUCUGUGUGUCUGGUUGUCCCCAGACACACAGACAAGUAGGUUGCUCUCCUACCAAAUGCUGCUUUUAAACAGUUUGCCCUAAUACAUGUGUAUUUGGGGGACCUGAGAUGGAAAAUAGCAGUAGAUUUAACAUAAUCCUCUUAGUACCACUCUAACGGUACAGUGAUGCUCCGGAGUUUGGAAUGUCCCAUUUUUGGAUUUGAGACCUGCAAUUAUCCUGCCAUUUCUGUGGGUCUGAAUAGGGCUGCAUUAUUUGCAUAUUAUCACGAUGUCCCCUCGGGUUCACUGCUGUGCUAGAGCACUUAUGCAGUACGGAUCUUUGUCUUUUUUCUUUUUUUUAAGCCUUUUCGUUUGUGUGUAUUCUCUGCACUUUACUGCUGCGUGGGUGAGGCGCAGGGAAGGGAGGGACUGACAAUGCAUUGUGGAACCGACUGCAGUUGUGGCUGCACGAGAAAGGGUGGAGGUGAUCCUUUUGAGUGGAUGUUUUUAGGCAAGGAAAGGAGGAAAGUCCUGCGUGGAGGCGGUUAGUGAGAAGUUACCAUUGCAAAUGAAGGACAUGUCUUUAAGUAUGCGCAUACAUUUCAUUUCCCGUUAUGUUACAUUAAUACACUCUUGUUCCAAAAUGAACCUCCUCUAAGAUUGAAAGCGGUUUGUCCUGCUUUGGCGACAUUACACUAGCCCCUCCUAGCUGUGUCUGAAAUACAUUCUUCUGUUAUAUAUAUUUUUUUUUCAGUUUUGUCUUUCAGUUUGCUGAAAGAUUCUCCUCCUCCUUUCUUUGUUAUAUAGAAUGCACUUUCUACUAAAAUUCUUGGCUAGUUAAGAAAAAUAACAUUGUAUAUUCUUUAAAGAUGUUUUUAAAAAAUCAAUAUACUUUUCCCCUUUGUAUUUUUAACCACUUAAUGUAGCAUUGCGUAUUUUAUUAUUGUAUAUGGUACAAAUGUGCAGCUUUAUAAUGUCCUUGUUUGUCCUUUUUUUGUAUGUUAUCUGGAGAUGGAGAAGUUAAGAAGUGGGCCUUUUUUGAUAAUGUACAUUUAACUGACUGCUAACUUUGAGAAGUAAAACAAGUAGCCAUGAUU